GUGGUUUUGGCGGGAAGAGCUGGUCGUAGAUCAGCUUUUCAAUAAUAUCCGGGACUCUCGUGUGACAAGUCAGCUGAUAGUAUUAGGUGUGUUUCUAUAUUUUUCCUCAGUACAGUACUCCAGAUAGAUCUAGUUGCAAUUAGAUUUGGUGAUUUAACAAUAGUCUAAAACCAACCGGUAAGAACUGGUAUUUGGUUUGAAAAAAUGGCAGCACACCCGCCAAAGACAAAGAUUCUGAUAAGUGCAAAUAAAAGGUUGCAAAAUCUGAAAGAGGCCUUCGAGAAAAAGUAUGGAGAAGCUCCUCUUUUUUAUGCGCAAGCUCCUGGAAGAGUCAAUCUAAUAGGAGAACACAUUGACUACUGUGGUUAUGCUGUGCUCCCAAUGGCUAUUGAGCAGAGUAUUCUGGCUGCUGUCACUGUCAAUGAUUCCAAGAAAAUCUACCUGGCCAACACAGAACCUAAAUACAAGGACUUCACAGUCUCUUCAGAAGAUAUUGAGAUAGACAAGGACAAUCCUCAGUGGUACUAUUACUUUCUCUGUGGGGUGAAAGGGAUUCAGGAGCACCUAGGGAAGGUUCCUCUGUCUGGGAUGAAGUGUGUUGUGGACGGGACCAUCCCGGCUAGCUCAGGCCUGUCCAGCUCCAGUGCCCUGGUCUGCUGUGCUGCGCUCCUCACUAUGGAGGUUAACCACAAGUCCCUCAACAAGGUGGCGCUGGCGGAGAUUUCAGCCAAGUGUGAGCGCUACAUUGGCACUGAGGGUGGGGGCAUGGACCAGUCCAUCUCAUUCCUGGCAGAGGAAGGAACUGCCAAGCUGAUUGAGUUCCACCCUCUGCGGGCGUCUGACGUACGUCUCCCUGAAGGAGCAGUGUUCGUCAUCUCUAACUGCUGCGUGGAGAUGAACAAGGCUGCUACGUCUCACUUCAACAUCCGGGUGGUCGAGUGUCGCAUAGCCACCAAGAUGUUGGCGAAGGCUCGGGGGCUAGAGUGGGGCCGGCUGCUGAAGCUGUCCCAGGUGCAGACAGAGCUGGAGGCCUCUCUGGAGGAGAUGCUGCGGCUGGUGGCUGAGGUGCUGCACCCUGAYCCCUACAGCAGAGAGGAGGUCUGCAAGGCCCUGGGAAUCACCACAGAACAGCUCUGUACAGACCUCCUUAGCCCCAACACACAGCACGUGACCCAGUUCAAGCUMUACCAGCGGGCCAGGCAUGUAUACGGUGAGGCGGCACGUGUACUGCGGUUCAAGAGCGUGUGUGAUGAGGCUCCCUCCGCCCCGAACGGCGUGCAGCGUCUCGGAGACCUGAUGAAGCAGAGUCAUUCUAGCUGCAGAGACCUGUACGAGUGCAGCUGUCCAGAACUGGACCAGRUGGUAGAGAUAUGUCUGCAGUCUGGUGCGGUGGGAUCCCGGCUGACCGGAGCAGGCUGGGGAGGCUGRGCUGUCUCCAUGGUCCCCACUGACAAGGUGGAGUCUUUCCUAAAGAGCGUCAGAGAGUUGUACUACACGUCAGACCCACGCAGAGCCGAGCUAGAGAAACACAGUCUGUUUGUCACCAAGCCUGGUGGAGGGGCGGCCAUCUUCCUUGAAGAGUGAAAUCAAAAUUGCUUCUCUUUACAAUUUUGAGGUGAAAUGUCGUCCUUCCGGGUUUCACCUUUUCAGUAUUUUUUUUUAUACUAUUAUUUUAGGCAUGAUUCUAUGACUAAUUCUAAUGCCAAAAUAUGAUCAGUUGAGGAUUCUGGAAUUUCAAGGGCAUGAUAAUCAAAGACCUUGUCCCAGAUCUGUUGUCUCCGUCU